AUGAAUUUUGACUCUGGGAGGAUUCGAACCCGCGCCAAUUGUCCGCCCCCCCCUUCUGAGGAAGGUGUGACGCGGGUUUAGUCCCACAUCGGUUGUGCGCCGAUUUUUCAGGCGAAUAUAUAGUAAUGUUAGCUUUUUAGGCAAAGUCCCUUCUCUCGCGUGUACGACCACUCCUUGCCCCAUAGCCGGCUGGCCACCGGUGACGUGGAAGGGGAGUGGCGCACACGUGCCCCUAUCGGUCCAAGCCUAA